UCACUUCAAUGGCCGUGCUUCAGUUUCAGUCUGAUCCCAAUUCCCACCCGACUAUUUUCAUUUAAUUUCUCAACGGAAUCCCAUCUCAACAUGCGCACCGCCGUUCGGUGCGUACCCAUUUUACUGAUUCUGGCCGUUUUCUCGGCCGUUCAUGCCUGCCCACCGUCGGAACGGGCAGCUCUUCUGGCUUUCAGAGCUGCCCUUCAUGAGCCUUAUUUAGGAAUCUUCAACUCUUGGACCGGAGAUGACUGCUGCAACCGAUGGCACGGCAUAAGCUGCGACCAGGUGACUCACCGGGUUGCUGACAUUAACCUCCGAGGGGAAGCCGAGGAUCCGAUUUUCGAACGGGCUCACCGAACUGGUUAUAUGACCGGUUAUAUUUCUCCUGCCAUUUGCAAGCUUACUCGUCUCUCUAGCGUUAUUAUUGCCGAUUGGAAGGGUAUCACCGGCGAGAUUCCGAGAUGUAUAACCUCCUUGCCGUUCCUUAGGAUUCUAGACCUCAUUGGUAACCGUAUCUCUGGCGACCUUCCGGCGGAUAUCGGUCGUCUCCGCCGACUCACGGUUCUGAACGUUGCGGACAAUUUGAUUUCCGGUUCAAUUCCAGCGUCGCUUACGGCGCUUCCGAAUUUAAUGCACCUGGACCUCCGAAACAACAAAAUCUCUGGUCCGUUACCCAGAAAUUUCGGGAAUCUGAGAAUGCUGAGCCGGGCUUUACUGAGCCGGAACCAGAUCUCCGGCUCACUUCCCGAUUCUAUUUCGAAGAUCUACCGUCUCGCGGACCUGGAUCUUUCUCAGAACCAACUAUCGGGUGUGAUCCCCAGUUGGAUCGGCAGAAUGGCGGUUCUGGCUACAUUGAAUCUGGACGGCAACAAAUUCUCAGGCAGCAUUCCGCCGAGUAUUUUAGUUUCGGGAAUAAGCGAUUUGAAUUUAAGCCGAAACUAUCUAAGCGGAAACGUACCAGAUGUUUUCGAGCAAAGUUCGUACUUCACAGUGCUGGAUUUGUCGUACAAUAACUUGAAGGGGACAAUUCCAAAGUCGGUAUCGGAAGCUUCAUAUAUCGGACAUUUGGAUUUGAGCCACAACCAUCUGUGUGGGCCGAUACCGAGCGGAGCGCCGUUCGAUCAUUUGGAAGCAGCAUCAUUUGUUUUCAACGACUGUUUAUGUGGGAAACCGCUCAAAGCUUGUUAGAAGUUUCGGUUCGGAAGCUUAUAAUUAAAUUCAUGUUUGUAUUAUUAUGUAUAACAACUCCAAAAUCUUUUGCCUUUUAAAAGCUUUUUCCUUUUUACAACUCAUUGAUUAUUAUCAUAAUAUUCUGUGUCUAUUUGAUAGAGGCAAAUUUGGUAGUGAUCGAGUGAAGUGCAUGAUAUUAGAGUGAAAAUAAGACUAAAUAUCAUUGCAUUAUAGUUGAUAGUGAUAUGAUUGGAAACUGGGUCUUAGUUUGGGUCAUACCUUCAAAAAAAAAAAAAAAAAUAGUAAAAUAAGUAGUUUUUUCUUUUAAUUG